AUGGAUGUUACAGAUAUGAAUAGUAACAGUAGUAGUAGUAAUAGUAGUAGUAGUAGUAAAAAAGAUAAAGAUGAACAAAUGUAUGAUUUGGAGGAUAAUGAUGUAGAUUUGAAUGAAGAUAACGAUGAGAAUAGUGACGAUGAUGAUGACGAAAUAGAUGAAGAUAUUUAUAGAAUCGAUGGUGAGGAUAUAGAUGAUGACGAUGAUGAAUAUGAAGAUGAUGACGAGGAUGAAGAUGAUAAAUACUAUAGAAAUAAAAAGACAACAAGCAUUGCUGGUAAUAGGAGAGUUAUAAAUAGAACAACCACUAGUACCACAACCAAUAAUAAUAAUAAUAGCAAUAGUAAUAAAAAGAUAGCAGAUACUUCAACAUCAUCGGAUGACGAAACCAAAUUCAAGAUUAUACCAUACGCAACACUAAAGGCAAAGUCACCAAGUAAAGGUAUCCUUAAGAACAAAAAUGAAACACCACAAAAGAGAAGAAUCGUUUGGGAUGAAGAUAACCUCACCAUCAACGAAAGUCAGAAAUCCGCUACAAUGAAAAUAGAUGAACCAAAGACACCUUAUCAUUAUUAUGAAUCUGAAGAAGAAACAGAGGAUUCAAAGAAAUAUUUGGAAAAGAGAUUUAUGGAGUUGGAGAAAGCACUGAAGAAAAAGAAGGGUAAUCAUGAAAAGAGUGAAUGGGAUACCUCGGAUGAAGAUAUUAAAUUGUCAAAGGUUGGUGGUCAAGUUAAGAUACUGGAACAAAAUGAACAUUCUGGUGAAGCAGAGGACAAUAAUAAUAAUAAUAAUAAUAAUAAUGGCAAUGAAGAUAAUGAUGCGGAGGAAGACGACCAAGAAGAAGAAGAAGAAGAAGAAGAGGAUGAAGAGGAGACAGAAGAGGAUAGAGUGAAACGUGAGAAAUUCGAUAAGAUUAGAAAAGCACAUUAUAACGAGUUCUUGGAGUUGCGCAAAUUGAAACAUCAUUUGGAUGACGAUAUGGAGGACGAUGACAACGAUGGUGAUGACGACGAAAUGGCAAAUGACGUCAAUGUUGAAGAUCCAAACGCAGCGGAAUCGACAACCACCACCACUGCAACCAGUGAGAGUACAAAUCAAGCGAAAUCAAAGACACCAUCGUCAAACACCACCAAGAGCAACAGUAGUAGCAGUAGCAGUAGUCCAAACAAACAAGUUAAUUUCCAAUCGAAACCAAAGAAAAAAGUUGUAAUAUAA